UUAAAAUCCCAUUGCCUUUGCUUUGCCAGUAAAGUGUCGCCGCAUUUGAAGCCUUUUUGAAAACCCUGUGCCAGGGAGAAAUGCCUUCACUGGGAGCCACACAAACACCUCGACUCGAACCAUGGCGGACGCAAUCAGAUGCGCCUGCGAAUCCUUUAACUCCGUGGUGAACUACCUGAUCACGCUGAGGAUCUGCGAGAUUCGGCACUGCCUCGAGUUCCUCGGAGUGGCCCAUACGGAGGUGAUCGCAGGCGUGGUCCUCUUCAUCCUGCUGCAGUUCACCAAGUUCACGGCCGUCCUGCUGCUGGCCAUUUUGCUGGCCUACGGGAUAUUCUACCUGUGGGAGACCUUCUUCCCUGAAAUCAGCCAAUUUGGUCACAGGGGUAUAAAGAUGUUCCGAAAUGUUCGCACCUCUGCCAAUCUGCCACCGUUUACAUCCGACACGGACGAUUCACCUGGGGAGUACUUAAUCAGUCCAAAGGUUCAGCAAUACACUAGUGGCAUGGUGACCCCGACUAACCUCAAUAUGCCCAUGCUACUGCCUGUUUUGCAAACCAAAAAUCUGAGGACCACCAGCUUGCAAACGGACCCCAGGAAAAGGCAGGAUGAGGAGAACAGGAGGGGAUCCCGUGGUUCCCGAGGUCACUCUUCUCAUAGGGAAUCGCAGGAUGCGGGGAAACACCGCCAGGAGCGUCCCUACUGGCGGUCUGUUAACGCGGAAACGGAAAGGGAACUGCCCCACUCCUCCAAGAAAGCUCACCAUGGCAGUGGCGGAGGAGCAGGUGGUGGAGGAGGCGAGUCCAAGCGGAUUUCGAAUGUCAUGCGAAUCCCGACCAUCACCAGUGGGGUAGUGGAAGCCAGGAGACUAUCCAAUGUGACCAGUGAGCAGCUGAAGCGACUCCCAAAUAUCACAAGUGGGGAAUACCGAAGGAUAUCCAACGAAACCAGGAAGUUGCACAACAUAACCAGUGGGGAGAUCAUAGCAGCCCGAAGGAUACCGAAAGUGACCAGCAAUACCCAUGAAUCCAGAUGGUUGCCCAACAUGACUAGUAGUGAUGUAAAGGAUUCCCGUAGGGCUCAAAAUAUCACAAGCAAUACCAACGAAUCGAGAAAAACUGGCAAUGAAGUAAAGGAAUCUCGAAGAGAGUCCCGAAGGGAAUCGCAGAGACAGUCCACUGAAACGAAGGAAUCCCGGAGGAGCUCACAUCCCCAGGGUGGUGGAGAGUCCCGUCGACCCUCUCAUAGUCAUCGAGAUGGAGGAGGUGGUGGCGAAGCCAAGUCCCGUCGUCCUGCGGAGAAAGCAUAUCCUCCCCAAGGUCGUCGUCCUGAGGAGCCUGCACGACAGCGACGGAGCAGCAACGGAAAUUCUGGGGUAACUAGAAGGCAAUUUCCGGAAGAUCACUACGAGCGAUUGAAGGUGGAGAAUCGAGAGUUCCAGGCUCGGCGACUGCAGGCGAGUGGGGCAGGUGGAUUCCGGCAAAGCCUGAGUAAUCCCACCUCCGAGGGAGCUUUACUCACCAAACAGGACAACUUCAUAGGACCUCAUCGCCAAUUCGACAAAAGGGAAACCCAAAAGAACAUGAAAUCGAGUAAUCCCAACAAGGAUGCCAGUCAUCGUUACAGACCCUAUCGCGUGCCCAAUACGAUACUUUGAAAUGGACCGGAGUAGUAUUAGGAAAAAGUCUACUUUCCAAAGUGGAGCAGAGAGUCCCUCUCAUACCAGCACUGAGUCACGAAAAACUAUCCAGUUCGACGAGUAUCCAAAGACUGUUGAGAGCGAGGACACCGAUGAAAGUAAUAGCUCGACAGAGAAGGCAAUCAAAAAGAAUUCCAAAAAGGCUACGGAUAGGGAUACCAAGCCCGAUACUACACAGAAUAAGAGCCAAGAGUGCAGCCGUGGACCAGUGAACAAUCCCAAGGAGUAUCCAUUUGUAAUAGAGAUUCCCGAGCAGGAAGAAAAGAAAAAGAAAAAGGGAAGUUUUUCUGCAAAAUCUAAAGAAAUGUUAGGCGAUAAGAAAAAGUAAAGGAACUAAGUAAACAUUUAUCCAAAUUACUGUUUUUCACAAACCAAAUAAACCCGGCAAAGGCAUUUAAUAAAAUUGUUUUGUAACCCGUUUUGUAA